GGAGUGCUGCGUCAUCUCCAGUCCUCCUUACUUUCACUUUUGAUUCGAGUCCUUCGGAACUGCAGCUGCUCUGUGUGUCUUCUCACUUUACGGAAAAUAAAGCAGCAAAGAAGUACAGAACAGCUGGUAGCGUCGGGUCAUGGCCGACAUCUGCAGUAACCGCCCGGUUCAUGGCACGGAGGACGAGGGUCUGGAGGAGGAAGCCGGAGAAUUGGAGGAGGCCAAGAAAGAGCUGGAGACAUGGAAGACUAAAACAGAGAAAGCCGAUGAUGUGAAAGCCAGGCUGAUGUUGGACAAACUGGAGGAAGAUGAAGCCAAGGAAGAGGCCCGGCUUGUGUUGUUGGCUUGCGUUAAAAAGCAAGAGGAGUGUCAGAAGGAAUUCACUCAAAGCAUGAACACUGUGAAGGAUGAACUCCUGCUGCUUGAUGAACGCAGACAUGACUUGCUGAACAAACUGAAGCAAUGUCAAGCUGCGCUAGAGGCUAAGAGGGCAGAGUCCACAAAACUAAAGCAGAAAUUCAAGAUCUACGCCCAGAUUCCAGAAACAGAGGUGGAGUUUAGGGCUCAGAGUAAAGAGGAAAGGGAGGACAACAGUCAGCCAAUCAGAGGAGUGUUUGGCAUCAGCCAGAGACCCACUGUGCUCCUGCAGGGAGGACAGGCACUCAUCACCUUUGAAGAAGAGAAGGUGGCCUCUAAGAUCCUGAUGAUUGCCAAGUGCUCCGUGUCCUGUGAGAACAUCAAUUUGGAUGUGAAACCAAAAAGAAUAACCAUGGAUCCUGCUGUUAAGUUUGAGAUCCACCUCGAUGUGUCCAGAAAAGAGCUCAAGGUUUCCAACAUCCCCACUUCCAUGCCAGAGGAGAGAAUAAAGGAGCGACUGGAGAUGAGUUUCUCCAGGCCCAGCAGAGGAGGAGGAGAGGUGAACGGUGUGGAGUACGACAGGAACACUGGGACAGGACGGAUCACCUUUCUCCACCCUGGAGUUGCUGAGAGCCUGUCCUUGAAAGGGAGGUACCAUGUGGAUCUGGACUCUGAAGUGAACGUGCAGGUUGGAUCCAUUUACAAACACCAGCUGUGCAAGUUCCAGACCUUCUGUGGCUCUCCAAAGCGUACCAUCCUCCUGGAUGAUAUCAAGGACAUGGGGGAGGAGGAGGAGGACCUGCAGGACUACCUGGAGAUCCACUUCCAGAAGCCCAGCAAUUACGGCGGUGAGAUAGAGAGCAUCCAGUACACCUCCAGGGGAAAGGCUCUGCAGGCCUUUUUCUGUGAGGACUCGUCUCCUACAGCUGCAACAUGAGCUCCUCAUCCAUUGAGUGUCUCCUAUGUUUGAAUUAGAAAAUCAUAUAUGUGAUCUAUGAAUAUGAUAUGGACAUUUAACAACACUUAACAAUGUCUGAUUUUCCUGACAUGUAUAUAGAGGACUGUGUCAAUGGUGUUGUAUUUGAUGUCACACGGUUCUUGAGCAACCUGUUGAUUCUCUUCCCUUCAGUGUGCACGCUGAAGAUAAAGCAGUGGGCUCAGGGAGGAUUGUUAGUGACACUGGACUUCCUGUCCUCCCGUUUUAGGCCAAUACUCAACAUGGUGUACGCCUGUCAGUCUGUCUGUCUCUUCUUGUGCUCAUUAAAUCUGAAUACUGAAUCAACCACA